UUCCUUUCCAACGGCAAUCAUUCUCCCACGGACCGCGUCGGCAAUCGGACGUAAAAUAGCGCGGCGAAGCAUUCACCGCGUGGCGCGCAACUGUUCUGUUCCCUCGUUUUCAUCUCAAACCCAUCCAGAGCGCGUGUGAAGAAGAAACCCACUCGGAAAGAAGUUUUUCCUCCUUGUAGCAGCAUUCGACCGCGGUCGUCGUUGAAGUCCGGUUCGCUUCAUCGCAAGUGAUAGCAUCCGCAAAAGUGUAGAAGAUAUUUGUGUGUCCGAACGAGUUCGAAAAAAGGAUUACCCAGAUCGCGCAACCAGAAGUCCUGAUUAAUCACAACCAAAAUGGGAGAUGCUGCAGUGCCCACCAAGGGGAAUGUCCUGGGAUCUCUGGUCCCGGCGCGUUACAUUCUGGCCGUGCUCGGUUCUAUCGGUAUGGCCAUCAUCUACGGCCUGAAGGUGAACCUGAGCGUGGCCAUGGUUGCCAUGUUGAAUCACUCGGCACUAGCACACGGCUCGGCACCGGUUCAUGAAGCUUCCCAAUCGCACAAUGUCGAGGAGGUCUGCACCCAGGCGGGAAAUUCUACGGAAGCCAUCGAGGACGGCCCAUUCGCCUGGAGUGAACCCCUGCAGGGAACCAUCCUCAGUUGCUAUUUCUGGGGUUACUUCGUGUCGCAGAUUCCCGGUGCCCGCAUCGCCGAGAGCUUGUCCGCCAAAUGGGUGAUGUUCUUUUCCGUGUUCAUCAAUGUGAUCUGCACGCUGUUGACUCCGGUUUCGGCCGAAGCGCACUACGGUGUGAUGAUUGCCAUGCGUAUCGGUGAAGGUAUCGGCGGAGGCGUAACGUUCCCGGCUAUGCACGUCAUGCUGGCCUCGUGGGCUCCACCGAACGAACGGUCGGUGAUGUCCGCCAUUGUGUACGCUGGUACGGCGCUUGGUACGGUUAUCUCCAUGUUGAUGGCAGGUGUGCUGGCCGGAAGCUUGGGCUGGGAGUCGGUGUUCUACGUAAUGGGAGGCUUGAGCUGCAUCUGGUUAGUGUUGUGGGUGUUUUUGGUUCAGGACAACCCCAACAAGCAAGCUCUGAUCAGUGCCGAAGAACGAACCUUCAUCACGUCAUCAUUGGGCACGGAAGGAGGAUCUGGUCACGGUGGAGCCAAGCCAGCUAUCCCAUGGAAGAAGAUCUUCACUUCCGGACCAUUCUACGCCAUUCUGAUUGCUCAUGUCUGUAACAACUGGGGCUGGUACAUGCUUCUGAUCGAACUUCCAUUCUACAUGAAGCAGGUCCUCCAGUUCAACAUCAAAGAAAAUGCCGUCGUCACAGCCAUUCCGUUCUUGACCAUGUGGUUCUUCAGUAUGGCUCUUAGCAAAACCUUGGAUGCACUGAGAGGACGCAAGAAGAUUGACACCACCAUUGCUAGAAAAACUGCAACUUUGAUCGCAUCGGUAAUCCCCAUGUGCUGUUUGCUGGCUCUUUGCUACAUUGGUUGCAAUCGUGGAGCAGCCGUUGCUCUCAUGACUCUUGGCAUUACCUCGAUCGGUGGCAUGUUCUGCGGUUUCCUGUCCAACCACAUCGAUAUUGCACCAAACUACGCUGGAACCCUGAUGGCCAUCACCAACACCGCUGCCACGCUGCCUGGUAUUACUGUUCCCAUCUUUGUCGGCCAAAUCACUCACGGAAACCAAACGAUUGGAGCCUGGCGUAUUAUCUUCUUCGUGACGAUCGCGCUCUACGUCAUCGAGAUAUUCGGCUACACCUUCCUGGGUUCGGGAGAUGAACAACCGUGGAACAAAGGUGAUAAGGUCAACACUGGUGCAGUCGAGAACGGCGAAGCUGAAGCUACGCCAUUGAAUACGAAAGAUGCGAAACCCAAUUAUACCACCCAAGAUCAGUAAGACGCUGCUCCCAAUGCAACAUAAUUCAUACUUCUGAAUUAACUUGGAGACGGCUUCUGCCCCUGAAAGGGUUUAAGAACGACAAAACGAUAUCAAAACUCUUGUUUCUUACUUGAGAUUUUUAACUAUUACUGUGAAACAAUCUUCAAUUAGAAUUACUUAUUUCUGCAACUACAAAGGUACUUUAAUAUAAAAUACUUAUUAUGCAAGGCAAGAAAGUCAGUUUUUACUUAAGUUGAUAAAAUAACAUUAUAAUUUGUUAUUACGCCAUGUUUUGUUUUCAAAUUUUAAAUCAUCAUCACAGAAGGAACCCAUACCGCCGAACGAUCCAAACGCUGCCAUAUGCAAACAGAAACUUAGAAUUUUUCUACGCAACAACCAGACACAAACCUAUGAAUGCUAACAAUCUGAUGGACUUGAACUAGGACUGAAACCACAGUCAAACCACUGAUACUUUAGGAACCAAGCAAUUAAAAGUUACUUAAAGAGACUUUCUGUAAACUAAAUUGCAAGCAUUUAGUCUAAAUAAAUGAAACAAACAAAGAAAACUACGAUGACGGAAUGUUAGGUAACGUUAGGCACACAUAUGAAAUGCUUUAAUUGAUGAAAGGAUAUUUAAAUGUUAGCGUGAUACUACAGAAUUAUGUAACAUAAAGUGACUGGCAGGUUUGGCUGGUCUAUGUUUCUUAUUGGCAGAAGGAGUUUUUGCGAUCACAUCAUCUCAGAUUCAUCCACAAGUUACCUACUUUGGUGUAGAAAGUUUUUCCCUAUCAAUUGAUCCAUAUUGAUCCUUAGAGAUCCUCGAAGAAAACCCAUUGUUAAUAAUAAGAAUAAAUCAGCCGAAGUUAACAGUUCUUCAUAAAAAGAAAUAUAUAAAUUUGAUGGAUAGCGUAUAAUACAACUGUCUAAAUCUCAAAAUCACUCUAAAUGAAAAACAAAUGUAGAAAGCUGCUUAAGUGUAAGAAUUUGCUGCAUUAGAGUAUAUUAGGUAGGUUAAGCUCUACCAGAAAAAAACGCAAACAAAUCCGACAUAAAAACGUCACUAUGUUAAGAUUAAAAACUGAAUGAUUUGUUAUUCGAAACAAGUGAAACUUCAUCAAGGCAGUUAAACCACUAACGAAGUUGAACUAUUUUGAUCGUUUUGGUGGAGAACUAUCAGAAAGAUCAUAGGGUAACAUGUUGUUCAGUCUCUAAACCGCACAUAGUUAAAACAAAUGCAUGAACAACGUUGUUAUAUCGUACAUACAUUUAUCAACCCAGAUUCGUCAAUAAAGUAAGACCCUAAAAAUAGAAAA